CCUGGAGCUGCCCCUGGCAGAGCUGGCCCAGCAGCUUCGGACUGAAGAGCUGAGUCUGGAGAGCAUCCUCUGUAGCUACUUAAAGCAGGCACUGAAGGUGCACCAGGAGGUGAACUGCCUGAUGGAUUUCCUGGGGGAAUGUGAGGAGGAACUGCAGGCAUUAAAGAAGCUUAAGAAGAGUGAGAGAGGCCUUCUCUAUGGGGUCCCCAUGAGCCUCAAGGACACCUAUGACAGCAUGGGCCAUGACUGUACAUGCCGCCUGGCCUAGUUCCUGGAGAAGCCUGCGACCAAGGACGGGGUCAUUAUGAAAGUGCUCAAGGCCCAAGGAGCCAUCCCCUUUGUUAAGACGAACAUCCCACUGACGCUGCUCAGCUUUGAAUGCGGCAACUCCAUCUAUGGCCAGAUGUUGAGCCCACUGAACUUAAAGAAGACAUGUGGGGGCUCCUCAGGGGGUGAGGGGCUCUGCUGGCAGAAAGGGGGUCCAUCCUAGGCAUGGGUACUGACACAGGUGACAGCAUCUGCAUACCAGCCAGCUUCUGUGGUGUUUAUGGCCUCUGGACCACAGGUUCCCGCCUCAGCUACACUGGAAUUGCCUCUGCCAUCAAGGGGAAAAAAAUCGGUGACCACGGUGGCUGGCCUCAUGGCCCAGGACGUGGAGAGCCUGGCGCUGUGCCUGCAAGCCCUGCUGAGUGAAGACAUGUACCGACUGGACCCCACUGUGCUCCAGAUGCCCUUUAGGGAGGAGGUGAAGACCCCCUUUCCCACCCCAGGCUGCAGUGAGUGAGAAGCCCACAUGCUCAGUCCAGUUUGUUUCCUUCCCCUGCUGGAUGCCAGCUGCUUUGGCUUCUUGGCUAUCUGGAGCCAUAGCUUGACACCCAAGAAACUGUGGGAGCAGCACACAGCAGUGGAGGAAUAUGAGCAAGAGUUCAUAGCCAAGUGGAGGUCCCUGGACCUGGAUGUGCUGCUGGUGCCAGUUCUGGGCUCUGCCUUCUAUAUAGGCUCUUCCUCCCUAGCAUCAGAAAGCCAGUCUUACGUGACCCUGUACAACCUCCUGGACUUUCCCGCGGGCGUGGUGCCUGUCACUAUCGUGACACUACAGGACGAGGAGGAACUGGCCUUCUACAAGGGGUGCUACGGAGAUAGUUCUGACAAAAAUUUCUCGGAGGCGGUAAGAGGAUCCGUCGGACUUCUGGUGACUGUGCAGUGCAUUGCUUUGCCAUGGGAAGAGGAGCUGUGUCUCCGGUUCAUGAAGGAGGUGGACACCUUGGUCAAGAAUCAGAGGGGGCCCAAGUGAUAGGCUCCUGGAAUGGAGUAACAGCUCAUGAAACAUGGGGCUGGUUGUGGUGGCUCAUACCUGUAAUCCCAACAGUUCAGGAGGCAGAGGCUGGCAGAUCGCUUGACGCCACGAGUUUGAGACCAACCUGGGCAACAUAGUGAGACCCUGUUUCUAAAGCAUUUUCUUGGUGUUACUCCUGUAGAUCCUCACCCAAGUGUGCUCCUGAUGCCCCUUCCUUCUCAUGAAUACCAUGUCCACCUUAUGUCUCCUCCUUCUGGAACCCCACCAGGUUCCUUUUCUUUGUUGGUCCCUCUGUGUGGGUGCUCAAUAUUCCUCAGAUGGGCCCAGGAUGGGGAGCAGGGUGAGGAGCUCAAUAAACAUUUUCUGACUGGC